AUGGCUAUGUGUGAUGGACUGUUCAAUAUGUCCCACUUUACUGACCACAUGCACACAUUGAUUACAAGAAGCCAUGUGUUACCCAGAGGUCUGUGUAAAUUCUAUGCAUUCAUGUUAGCAGAAUUUACCACUGCACAGUAUCUGCUGGUGAACAUUAUUGCGAUAAAUGCUUUUGUCAUAAUGAGAACGGACAUAAAAAUGCAGUUUGGUACGAGAGACUGGCGUCUCCUGUUGUGGACAUUCGGCGCUCCGUUUGUCGGUGCAACAAUAACUGCAGGCCUUGACCAGUUUGGACCAACCGGAUCAAUCUGUUACUUUGAUGCAGUGAAAGGAGGUACAGCCCAGAUGUGGUUCACCACUGUGCCUGUAAUUCUACUCUUUUCUACUAACGUCGUUCUCUACUUUCUGACAUGGCUCAAAAUACGUCAUCAGACAGAAAUAAUAAUGCAAUCACUUGGAAACCAGUGCACUUCUAAAAAGGCCAGUAUACGUGCGGCCCAGGCCAUGUUGCUGUUUUUGGUGGCCUUCUUCAUCCAGUGGGGGGCUUUGAGCCUCUUUGGACUAUGGAACUUAAUCACGGCAGAUCCAUCAAAGGUCCCAGAGCCAUUAUAUUACAUUGUUGUCAUACUUUCAAAUAUGGGAGGUGUCCUAAACCUCGGUGUUUACUUUAUUAUACGUCGCCGACAGCGUGGGACGGGAAAGUCCGACGAAAAGAUCAACACUUCUGACACCAAACCUUCUACCUCGCGGUUGUAG